AUGCUGAGAGUGUGUCCGCCUACCGCCUCGACGCGUCUACAUAUCACCGCUUCUUUGCUUUACCAAAUGGAACGAGAAGUGGACUGCCAAACCGACUCGGUUGACUUAUCGGAAGAAAUAACAAUUUCGGAAAAGCUGAAUAGCAUCCUCGUGGCUUACACAAAAAAUAUGAUACUCCACAAUCCAGCCGAGUCCUCUCAAGAUGAACAUGUAAUAAAAAAAAAUAUAUACGAAUGGUCAAAGGAGUACUUUCAAAAGUUAUAUGAGGAAAAGGGGGGGGACGGAAACAAAGCAGAUGAUGGUGACUCGCAGACCACUUCGAGUGCUACUCGAAUUGAUGGUCAUUCAGUGAAGGAUCAAAUUAAGAAAGAAAUGGAACGGGUCAAUUUUGAUAUGGGAAACUAG